GGGCAUGGUGUAGUGUGUUUAGCGGGUGGCGGUGUGACAGGAUAGCGGGCCGCGUUGCAUUGUAGAACUAGGUGUGAAGGGAUGAAGACCUCUCUCUCCCUCCCUCUCUCUUCCCCUCUCGUGGGUGUGUCAGCUGUCUUAGCGGUCAACCUACAAGAGUGCUACCUCAUCUUCUCCGCUCCUCUACAGUGUUCCAACCUGCAACUGAGCACGGCGAAGCUUGCCACACUGUCAGGGGGCCCCUGUGGUACUCUCUGAAAGCGUGUAACAGUUCUGUCAUACGGCCGGAAAUCCCUAUCAAGUGCUUAUCGCCCUUCAGUGUGGAGGGAACUGUGUGUGUGUGUGUAGAGUAGUCGGGCCAACUCUGCCAGUUUGCUCAAUUGCAAAACUGACUAAUGUCAAGUGUACGAACUGUGGUUUAGUGUUGAACAUUUGAACAAACUGUGUUGACUAGACCCCUCUUCUUAAAAAAAAAAAUAUAUAUAUAAAAAGAGGCGAAUUCGCACUCGUGAUGAAACUAUUGAGUAGCCUCAGUGACGGAUGCUUGAGGCUAUAAUUCACUAGUUUUCCCCCACUAACAGUUUGUGAAAACUACCACACAAACGUUGUUUGCCACUUUUCUGUGCAGUUCCUUAAAGUGGUUUCAGAUGAAUUUAGUUAGAAGGCCGAAACCUUACUACAUGUUGACAUGUUCCGCGAGUUGGACUAGCAACAACUCACAGACGUUUGGCCCUCUGCUGACUUUUGGAGCCCCGCGACGUGAAUGGUUGGGACCUCGAUGUCCAGGACCACUACCUCAAUGAUCGCCCCCCAAAGAGGACUGUAUGACGACGGCUCAACACAAGCGGUGUGUCGUUGGGAUAUCAUCACCUAGUGGCACGCGCUGCUGCAGAGGACAGUUGUUAGAGCAGCUGCUGUAGAGGACAGUUGGCUAGAUUAAGCAGCUGCAACUGUUGCAUUUCCUCUGAUGUUCGUGGCAGUGUUGGCUGCAAUGUUUUGUUAGCUUUAUAACGCAGGAUUUGGCGUUUUACCUCAACUAUUGACCUCAACUACAAACCUCAAACAUUCGACUGAUACUGGUAUUUACAUAGUCUAAUGUAUAUUUAACUGAAGAUUAUAUUGACAAAGCUGCUUUCAGCAUCUGGUGGUGUAUGGAUAUAAAAGUCUAUAUGAAUAUAGACUUAUAAUAAAUGUAUAUGAAGAGAGACUAUAUUGCUUUGAUGGAGAAAGAAAAUAUUACAUUGAAGUCGAGAAGAAACAGAACUACGUUCCACCACGGGACGAAGAGGAUAAGAAACCCUAUACAAUAAGAAAACAAGAAUAUACCUUCAGAUAGGGAGAGGAGGGAGGACGCGUGCCCUUAAGAAGAGAAGGAAGAAGCAGGAGAAUCUGCCCCAGGACCCAUGGUCCGACUCUUGCUGCUCACUCGUAAAAUGAAGGAAACUUUUAUCAUUAAAGGCUUGGCCGGGUCCGGGAUGAGCAGCAGUUACGGGGCUCAGCAGCACUACUGUCUGCGCUGGAACAACCACCAACAUAACCUGUUGGGGGUACUGGAAGCAGUCCUCACCUCACAGCAGUAUGCAGACGUCUCCAUCUUCUGUGAAGGCCAUGUCCUUCGGGUGCAUAAGCUGGUGUUGCUGGCGUCCUCGGCCCACUUUGAGCGCAUCUUGCAGGCAUCCCCAGAGGGGCAACAGCCGGUCAUCAUCAUGGAUGGCACCCGUUAUGCUGACCUGCGGGCGCUCGUCGAUUACAUGUAUCGGGGAGAGGUCAACAUCGAGCAGGACCAGCUCUCCUCACUACUCAAGACUGCCGAGACGCUGAAGAUAAAAGGUCUAGCAGAUGUAGCAAGUAAGGAGGAAGAUGAUGGUGGUGGAGGUAAGGAGCGUCUUCGUGAAGGCAGCAGGACCUCGCCCACACCCCCACCUGCCAAGAAACCCAAGCCCUCUCCAGUAGAAACAGCCCUAAACCUUGGGCAGGAGGCACGAGAGCAGCGACCACCCACCACCAGGGACCUACGACCAGAUAUCAGGGACUUGCGGGACUUGUCAAACUUUAACAUGGUACCUGGAGGAUACUCUCGUCGGCCUGCAUCCCCAUCAGGGCCUUCUCUUCCCACUUCUGCCUCGCUAACACCUGCACGAUCAUUUCUCUACUCAUCUUCUCUCAUGUCCCGCACUUCCUCUAAAAGCCCAGGUCCAGCCCUAUCAGCUCCACCCUUCUUUCCUGGUGGGUUGGUGAGACCUCGAUCUCCUCACCCACAGUAUGACCCCACAGCAGGCUCCAGUCUGCUACCACCACGAACCUCUCCACAGUCACCUGCACCAGACACAAAGAUGAUUCAGCAGCUUGGGAGGGUUCCGUCAUUUGGGCUGCCAUUCACGUUACCACUCCUCCACGACUCUAAGAAGAUCCUGGAACGGAAUCCUCACAAACUGCCACCACCUGCCCAUUAUGAUCACCAUGAUGUAAAGGAUCGUUCCCUUCCUGUCUGGCCCCCUAGAGGUGCCUCUGACCACGACCUAGAACGAGAGAGAGAGCGAGAACGUGAGAGAGAGAGAGAACUAGAGAGGGAACGGGAAAGAGAAAAUCAGAGACUGUCUGAACAAGAGCAAGAACGAGAAAGGGAACGGGAACGAGAACGGGAACGAGAAAGGGAACGCGAACGAGAAAAGGAACGUGAACGAGAAAAGGAACGCGAACGAGAAAAGGAACGUGAACGAGAGAGAGAAUGGGAACGAGAGAGAGAACGAGAAAGAGAGAGAGAAUGGGAAAGAGAAAGGGAAUGCAAAAGGGAACUGGAACGGAACGUCGAGUGUGAACGAGAAAGUGAGAAGCACCAGGAGGGAGGCGAGAGGGACAGCAGUAACCAAGAAUCAGAACAACAUAAUGAUGAUGAGAAAUCUAUUAGUCCCAAAGACAAGGAUAGUCUCUCCCCCUCAGAAGACUUCAUCAUCAGCAAGACUGAGUUGCUCACGCCAGAGGGGGAUGUGGCCGAGGAAGAGGAAGAGUAUGCAGUUGGUAAUGGUGGCCGUGAUAAUGGUACCUCUGAAAUCACCAAUACUUCCUCCAUCCCGCGUAACCUGUCCACCUCAUCCUCGGGAAACACCUCUACAGUUGAGCUGGUGAAGUGUCCAUACUGCCCUCGAUCAUACCGACACCAGAAUAACCUACGAACGCAUAUUCGCUGUUUCCACAAAGGCGUAAGAAUUCCCUGCCCAAUUUGCCACCGUGGAUUUACUCGGUGGUUCACGGUGCGUUGCCAUAUCGCACGGGAGCACCAGAAUGUGGACUUUUCACGGCCCGAGGCCCUACCAGCCCAGCUCCGCCGUGCACUCUAUCCUCCCUACCCGGAGUAGCAGGCGUUCAUCUCCAUUAUCCCAGACUCCUGCCCUACACUGCGAAUGGUUCAUGGACUGCAGUGAAAGGGGCUUCUCACUGUCCACGUAGAUGCCCCUGGCACUAGUGUGCCUCUUCCAGCCCUACUGCUGACCACCACAGCCUGGCUACAUAUUAUAGGCUCAGUGGCAGGACAGAGUGCACAGGCCUAGUUGAUGUGAACCUCAGUGUGACAGUGAGUUUGGGUGCUACUUGGUGCUCUGUGUACAGAAUGUGGCCACAUAGGCCAGAUGGUAUCCAUAUGUGGCUGGGCAAGCAGUAAACAGCUGAUGAACGUUUUGGGUACUUGCAAGCCUUGCCAGUGUUGUUGGUAGGCUAUAGUUGAUGCUAGUAAUAGUCAGACUGUUGGACUCGCGCGUGGGUCUUUAGCAGUGCUUGUGAAGCAUGCUAAACUGUGUUACGUAUGGUCCAUGGCCGGUGUUAUUGUAGCUUAAAGUGUGCUAAUAUCAUAAUCCCAAUACCAUAGUUUAAGCGUGGAGUUGUCAUAUGGACCUUGUUAAUUGUAGGUUUUAUUUGAAAUGGUUAUAUUUUAUAGAAGAUUAUCACAAGUCCAGGAAAGGGAUGGUAUGUUUCUUCUGUUUAUAAUCUAAUGAAUGAUUUCUGGUGUGGGUGCCUUAUGCUCAACAAAAUCAAGCAUGCACAAGAUGUUUGUAGAUGUACAGUAUUAUUUUUAUAGAUGCCAACAAUUUCCCUCCAGCAAAAACACAAGCAGUCAGAGCCAGGGAGUAGAGAGGUCCUUCAUGGCCUCACCCUGCAAUGUAGCAGGAUGCUGGGCAAGGAGGACACACUUGAUCCUACUUCUCCCCACCAUUCUGCUUAUUGUCUCGGCAGAAUGAUUCUUAUGUAACUAAAGAUUUUAUAUAGUACGUGCUAGUCUGCCUCCUUGCCCUGCAUUACAAAAAAAAAAAAAAUUGCAGGAAGCAUAAGAACAAGAUGCUCAGGUAUCCAUGUUGGGUGAAGAGCCCAUCCUCAUCUACCUCAUAUUUUGUAUCCUAGUUGUUACAGCACCUUGCUAGGUCACUUAGGGUUUCACUAAAGACUUUACACACCUCACUAUGUAGCCAUUGUUAGUUUCCUGACUCUGUUGGAAAAUCUUCCAGGUCAAACGUACAAAACUAAAUAGUUAUAUUUUGUAUGAAGUAAUCUGGAACUGCUAACAACCUUAGUAUCUUAGACAUGUUUCAUACCACUCAUGGACAAAGCAGUCUUAAUAGUAUGUAUGGAAAUAUUUUAGUGCCGAUAGUAGAGAAGCAAACAAAAGCAAGACUGUACGAGGGUUUAAAAAAAAAAAACAUAGAAUUAGUGAUAUGUCAGACUCUGCAUGUCAUACAACAGUUGUUUCAAGUUUUUCAGGGAUUUAUAUAACCAAAACAAACUCAGGAAGUAUGACGUGUAUCCAGCCCUUCAUAAUAACUAAACGGAGGAUUAAUGUUCUUUUCUACAGUUGCCGUCUGUACUCGGAGGAAUGGUCAGUAUUAUGGUGUACUCCGUAUGACCUUUUCAUGUACAGUAGUUUGAUUUUGCUCAAGGAUACAUGGCCUAACA